UUCUGUCCUAAAAAUAUUUAUAAUAUAAAUAUUUAAAAUAAUAAAUACAUUUAUUUAACUUUUUUUAAUUUUCUUUUUCUCUCUCUCGUUAUCUUCUUUAGUUCUUCCAUCACAAAGGGGAUAAUAACGCCGUUAAAACAAACGCCGUUUCCGUUUAGUAGUUGCAGCUGCUCACGUGACUUUCGAGUGGCUCACGUGACGCGCGACCCUUCGUAAUGGCGUUGGAACAGCUGAGUCUGGGUGCGGGUCCCGUUGACGGCGGAGCAGACGGCCGUCAACCCUCCGGCGACGGCGGGGCGGCGGUCGGAGAAGGGAGCAAGGCGGCGCGGCUGCCGCGGUGGACCAGGCAGGAGAUUCUGGUGCUCAUCCGUGGGAAAAGAGCGGCGGAGAGUCGAGUUCGGAGAGGGAGGGCCGCCGCCGGUUCUUCUGCUUCCGGGCCGGUCCAGGCCGAGCCGAAGUGGGAGGCGGUUUCGUCGUACUGCAGGCGGUUCGGCGUGAACCGGGGGCCGGUCCAGUGCCGGAAGAGGUGGAGCAAUCUCGCCGCCGAUUACAAGAAGAUAAAGGAGUGGGAAUCGAGGGCGACGGCGACGGCGACGGACGACACGGAGUCGUUUUGGGCGAUGAGGAAUGAUCUGAGGAGGGAGAGGAAAUUGCCGGGGUUUUUCGACCGGGAGGUUUUCAACAUCCUCGACGGCGGCGAGGAGGAAGCCGGCGGCGGGCUGUCCUUGGCGCUGCGGCCCGCGGCGGAGGAAGAGGCGGAGCCGGUGUUCGACAGCGGACGUAGCGCGGCGGCGGACGAUGGAUUGUUCUCGGAUUCCGAGCACCCGGAUCCGAACCCGAUUAGAGAGGAUCCGGGCAAGGGUAUACCCGAUCCGGAUGUGAUUUCAGUUUCGGAGGAGCAGGAGGAGACGAUUCGUCAAGAGGCUUCUGGUAAAGGCAAAGACAGCGAGAAACAGGCCGAACCUGAAGCCGACGAUCAUGGCAGUCAAGAAGGAAGGAAAAGAAAGCGAGACGCAACCGAUCAAGGCGGCGCGGGGACUGCAAACCUUGAGCAUCAAUUGAUCGAUGUGUUGGUCAAAAAUGGCGAAGUACUUAGCUCAAUGCUCGAAUCUCAAAACGUGCAACACCGGCUGGAAAGAGAGCAGCGUAACGACCACGCCAAUGGCUUGUUAACCGUCCUCAACAAACUUGCCGAUGCUCUGGGAAGAAUUGCUGAUAAGUUGUAG